AGUGAAUCAAAACAUUCUUAUAGCUGGUGUAAGCAAAUAGUAAACCAGUAUAAUGAAAUCAAAUGCUAAAAUAACCAAUGAUGCAUAACAAAUGAGUGAAAUGUUGCUAAAUGUCGGAGAGAGGAACACUAUAAUUGAGGUCAUUAGUCAUCAUACCCCCCGAAGAACCCUGAAGGUUAGUACUUAUUGCAUGUGAAUUCCUAGUAGAUGAACAAUGAGCACAUCUAGAAUAAGAGGUAUGAUUGCAUUCAAAUGGUGAAAAGUCACAACCUAUAAGAUUAAUGGUUGAGAACGGUAUAAUUACAUAUCGCGCGACAAUUCUGCAAUUACAGAUUGUGGAAGGAAGUGGCACACUAUAAAUUUUGGGCGAUACCUUUGUAAAUUGUAACAUAAAUUCACAUAAAGUUGAUGGUGAUCGAUGAACCUACCGCAGACAGAGACAAUGACAACGACAACGGAUAUAUCUGAAUUUGCAGAAGUUUGAAACGACACAACACCUGUUCGAUCGAUUUAGUACAUCGGUUAUAGUCCAUAUCAAUACACUUAUAGUACCGCCACGAAUUUACGCGCACAUAGUAAUCGUAUACUUGAUUCCCAAGUAGACUUGAUUUCACACUCAAAAAUCACAGACACAAAACAGAAAUAGAAAAACCCCAAAAAAAAAACACAAAUCUUUUCAACGAAGGAAGCAUUUUUGUAAAAGAAGCUAUGGAGAAAACGAGUAAAUGGGAUUUCAAGAUUCCCGAUGACACACCCCCAAAACUUGCAAGUUGCAUCGCAUGCAUUGCAGCCAGCCAACCGUCAGAGCACCCUGUGUCGCUUUGCUUCGUGCACAGGGCAAACAAAAAACAAACAAUAAAUUACAGCACCCGAAUAUAUAUAUAUAUAUAAUAAUAUCAUUAAACUCAAACAUAUAAAGCGAGAAGAGCAUCGCAUGCAGAUUUUCCAGAUCCGCAGCAGAAGAAUGAGUGGUUUUUGAACAACACCCCCACCGCCCUCUCCCACCAUUUACCUCUCCUCCUUGAAAAAACACAGCUUUUCCUUUUCUCUUCCCACCAUAGUCAAUCGCCCAACCACACAACGAGGCCCGCCCAAAUCCAUCAACUAUUUUAAAAUAAUAAUGGAGGAGGACAACAACCACGAAAACCCUAAUACCAACAACCAACCGGCACUCAGCAACUCCACAUCCUCCCCUCCGCACCCUUCCUCCCCCUCCGCCGGCUGCUCGAAGAAGGGCGGAGGCGGGGGGAAGUCCGGCGGGAAAGGAGGCCCCGACAACGGCAAGUUCCGGUACCGGGGUGUCCGGCAGCGCAGCUGGGGGAAGUGGGUCGCCGAGAUCCGCGAGCCGAGGAAGCGGACCCGCAAGUGGCUGGGCACCUUCUCCACCGCCGAGGACGCCGCCCGAGCCUACGACCGCGCCGCCCUCGUCCUCUACGGCUCCCGUGCCCAGCUCAACCUCCAGCCCUCCUUACCCGCCGGCUCUUCCUCUACCACUUCCACCGCCUCCUCUUCCUCUUCCUCCUCCCAAGCCGCUCGCAACUCCUCGGCUCAAACCCUCCGCCCCAUCCUCCCCCGCCCCACCUCCUUCGGCUUCGGCGGCUUCUCCCCUUACCCUGCCUACCACCCCCAGCACCUCCUCCACAAUGUUGCGCUGCCCGAUACGACGACGCCGUCCUUACCGAUCCCUUUCUCGUUCCAUCACAACCCGGCGACGAGCCACUUCCAGCACCUCCCGAGCCAUCCGAUGAUGGGUUCGAGCGCGGCGGGGACCACAAGUACGACGACGUAUGAGGAUCUAGGACAUCAGCAACGUCCUCAGGUGGAGGGGCAGCAUUGUCUUUACGACGACAUAGGCGUGCUGGCCGGGUCGGUCGGGUCGGGGCUGUCGAUUUCGAACAGCGCGGCGCAGCCGGUUCAUGUUUCUGGGACGGUUCCGGGGCAUCAAGACCCGGGCUUGCAUGUCGGGCCCGGGUCGCCUGAAGGGUCGUUCUGGCCGCAGAUUUCGGGCGAGGAGUACCCGGCGCCGUCGAUAUGGGACUACGGCGACCAUUCCUUGUUUGACUUUUGAUCGAUUAGGUGCCCCUAAGGGCGGUGUGUGUAUAUAUAGCUAUUAUGGCUGGCUAGGUUACUUUUGUUUCCCCGAUUAGAUUUGCAUGCAAAAGCAGUGAUCUUUUGACGGUGAUUAAUUAGGAUAUAUACGUUUCUGGGGAAGCGCUGUCCGUCGAGAUUGCCCGCCCCACACAGGUAAGCUGUUUUGAACUCUCUCUCUCUCUCUCUCUCUGUAAGUUUUAGAUUUUGUCAUGUAUCUGAAGGUGGUGGUGGUGGCGGUGGCGGUGAUGAUCAGAUACGUUUUUUUUAUAUUGUUACUUUUUGCUUAGUUAGGGCUUAAAUCUUAUUUUGGGGAAUUAAUUUUGGGCAGGGGAUUAAUGGGAAGGGGUUAGAAGCAGAUUUUAUUGUGAUUAAUUGUUUAGGGUUUUUCUUUUUCUGGUCAAAGAGAUUAGUUAGUUUUUUUGGUUUCUUUAUUCUGUAGUCUCUUUUUGGGUAACUGGAAGCAAUUAAUUCCUGUCCUGGAUAUUAAUUCACCGUCCCCUGCGUUGGAACUCUUGAGUAUUUGGCUUAUCAGAAGGAAGGAUAUGCCUUUUGAUUUCCUUCUGCUCUAUCUCAGUUUUUUUUUUAAGAAUAUGUUUCCUGGUUAAUAAUUUUGUUUUCCUUCCGCUAAUUCGUAAUAUUACCAUUCUGAAUGUUGAAAUUCGGCUCUCGUGAGGAAUGGGUAAUUAACAUUUUUAGGGUAUUUGGCAAAAUGGAGGACUAAUUUCUUCAUUAGUUUCAAAAAAAAUUUCUUAAAAAUGAAAAUGAACUGAUAAGAGUAGGGAAAUGGUAUUAUAUGAUUAUAGCUAACCUCCGAGGGUUGGCUAGUGAUAAUGUGGGAUGAGAAUGCCACACUCUAGGUUCUAGCUUGUAUCAACGAGAAAACUGUAUUCUAGGUUUUAAUAUUAUGGUCAACAAUAAAAAAAAAACUAUGACAUCCAUUUUUGACACCUUCCAUAACAAUUCAAUUAAGAGAUCAUAGAUGGAAAUUCAAGCUAGUUGAUUGAUUCAUUGUUCCUCCUCCUUGAGCCUCCUCAUUUGAAUCAAAUUUAGGUACAGAAUAGAUCAUAUGAUAUUCGUGUACGUUGUUUUUUCCGUGGAAUUGAAGCUCCGUUGUAUUCACAUAUGCUGACCUCUGUAGUCUGCCUAGUAAGGGUUGUACGUACGUCUCGUUUUGACUAUAUUCAACGGCGUAGUGUGCGUACAAUACGUUGUCGUUUAUCCUUUUUGUUCCUUCUCGUUUUGGCUAUAUUCAACGGCGUAGUGUGCGUGCAAUACGUUGUCGUUUAUCCUUUUUGUUCCUUAACUAGCUGCUUGUGAAUUGCAUUGAGCCUCAUUUUCCACACUGAGCCCAAAACUUUUGACUGAUCAAUGGCUCUAUUACAUAUAUACUCGUAGCAGAAGAAACAAAUCGUUAUUACUUUUCCGCGCCUACGUACGUUGAACAAUUGAACUGGAACAGAAGAAACAUGGAAAGAGAACUGGAACAGAAGAAGCAUGGAAAGAAAAUUACUACGACAACUAGACAAGUGAUGAGAACUGAGAAGUCUCUAACUGAAACAGAAGAAACAUGGAAAGAAAAUUACUACGACAACUAGUUAGAGACUUCAAGAUUCUGAGCAAGUCUUGUUUAUCUCAUUAUGCAGUUUCAUGACCAAUGUACGUAGUGUCAAAACGACCAUUCUACGUAAAAACGUUUUGGUGAUCUCGAAAUUUAAAAACGCGAUUUGAACUAAAUCAGUUAUGAAGAA